AUGGCCGACAUGUAUGACCAACCUCAAUCAAAACGAAGGAAACAUGUUUAUAUGAGUCGUGGUGAUGUUGGUGAAGUCUUUUUUGACGAAUGGGAGGACAUUGUGCUUGGACCAAAAGUUCAAUUCUUACAACCUGUAGGAAUAGUUUUCGAGUCUUUGCCUCAGAAUGCUUACGAAUCCAUUAAAAUUAAACCGACUGAUUUUGAACUACUGCAAGAGAAUGUUGGAAAAACAUAUCUUCCGCAUUCACAGGUUCCAACUUCUAUCAUAAUAGGAAAUUCUAUGCCAGUUCAAAUCCCCCAAUUUGAAACAUAUCCCAUUCAUGAGAAGCUUCCGAAGAAAUUAGGGCAUAUAUUAAACGUUGGUGGAUCAGUUUGGGCAAUGGAUUGGUGUCCAAACGUAUCAUCUGAAAGAGAGCAGUAUUUAGCCAUAGGAGGGUAUAAAUCUACUAUAGAUGAACACCACACAAUCGGACAACGGCAAAGAGAUAAUUUGAAUAAUUCGAUACAGAUUUGGAAAAUCGAUUGUGGUUUAGAUAUUUCCGUCGCCGAAUCGCCGCAUUUAGAGAUGGUUUUAUGUCAUGAUUUUGGUUGUGCUUUUGAUUUACAAUGGUGUCCUUAUGGAGCUUAUGAUAAAUUGGAGGAUGCGAUAGAUCAACAAAAUAUCUUUAUACCGAAAUUAGGUAUCAUUGCAAUUUCUUUUGGUAAUGGUAGUAUUGGAAUAUUCGCCAUUCCUAAACCUAAAAACAUCAGAAAAUUAUUUGAUUUAUCACCAGACGAAACAUUAUUCGUAAAAUUUACGAGUCCAUUAUACACCUUUUCAUUGCCAAAAGUUAUGUGUUGGACAUUAAGUUGGGGUGGUCAUAGAAAGAUUGCAACCGGAUGUACGAAUGGUGAUAUUGCCAUAUGGAACAUCGAAGAAAUUUUAACAGAAAAAAUUUCUCAAGGGGAAAUCAGAAAUUCAGAAAUUACAUCACCAAUGCAAUAUUUUCGUGCGCAUGACUCGUGUGUUCGUCAGGUAUCAUGGAAUUCUAUGCAAAAUCCUAGUCACAUUAUGAGCUGCGGACAUGAUGGUCGAUUACAAAUUAUAGACGAUCGUGAUCCAUGGGUCAAAAAUAAUUUUCAACGGAUCAGAGCAUAUUUAAUGACAGCGUGUUGGCCAAAUCAUUAUGGUGGUGUCUUAUUCGCAGAUACUGAAAAUACAGUGAGAUAUAUUCGAAUGGAAGAUUUAAAAAAGACUACGGGGGUUAUGAUGCAUCAUGCUAUUGUUUGGAGGAUUGCAGCAUCAUAUUUUCAUCCGUUUGUUGCGAGUUGUUCAUCAGAUGGGACAGUAAAAAUGACGAAUAUUUGCCGUUUAAGAGAUAGACAUCAGAAACCAAUUCAAGUUACAUUAUACCGUAUCGGGAUUGAAGAAGAUAUGAAAACCAUUAGGUAUUGGGAUAAUAUUAAAUCCGAGGAAACGACAACCACAUUCAUGAACAACAAGGCAUUCAGUCACUUCUUCAUGCCUGAAGUUGCUAUUCAACGAGUAAGAUUAGCAUAA